AUGCAUCUUACAAUCAACAGCGCACCGACGCUUAGCAAUGGAAACGGUGGUGGUGGUGGUGGCGGAGGUGUCGUUGGAGGAAACAACGGACCCUCGAACGCGGGUGGGGGUGGUGGUACGGGUGGCAGUAGCAGCGGCGGAGGAGGUUUGAGUGGUUGUGCGCCGAACGGCAAUACCCACACCGGUCACCAUGGUGGAACUGGCAGCGGUGGCGGUGGUGGAGGUGGUGGUGGUGGAGGUGGCACAGGAGGCACCGGCAGUAACGGCACCGGCACCAGCGGUGGUGGCGGCGGCGGAACCGGCAACGCUGGCGGCACCGCGACCAACGGCAACGGAUCGAGCACGGGUGCCGGCGGCGAAAGUGGCCCACCGUCGGCGGCCAGCAUCCUGAACGACACGUACACCAAAAUGACGUCGGACAUACUGGCGGAACGGACGCUGGGCGACUUUCUGUCCGAGCACCCGGGCGAGCUGAUCCGAACCGGGAGUCCUCUGUUUGUGUGCACAGUGCUACCACCGCACUGGCGCUCGAAUAAAACACUUCCGGUUGCGUUCAAGGUCGUCGCGCUCGGUGACGUCGGUGACGGCACGAUGGUGACGGUGCGGGCCGGUAACGAUGAAAACUACUGCGCCGAGCUGCGUAACUGCACCGCGGUCAUGAAGAACCAGGUGGCCAAGUUCAACGAUCUACGUUUCGUUGGCCGCAGCGGCCGUGGCAAAAGCUUUACGCUGACCAUCACUAUAUCAACAAGUCCGCCGCAGGUGGCCACCUAUAACAAGGCAAUCAAGGUGACGGUGGACGGACCACGGGAGCCAAGAUCGAAAACAAGACAACAGCAGCAGUUCCAUUUCGCGUUCGGACAACGGCCAUUCCACUUCCCGACCGACCCAUUAUCCAGCUUCCGGAUGCCGCCACUAGGUAAUUGUCAGAAUAUGACCCAAUUCGGACUCAGCUCCACUAACUCACAUUGGAGCUACAGCUCGACAGGUCCCUACUCGCCGUAUCUAACCUCCUGCACGACACCAACCGCAUCCCAGUUCAACAAUCCAGCCCUCGGGUUCACUUGCAGCUCGGGCGAACAGAACGGUGGCCAGGAGUUCUCUGCUUCAGCGCGCGAUUGCGUUACAAUGCUGCCCGACUCGACGGCGGCCGACCUAGAUCAGCACCUGAGCAGUCUGGUGGGAGCGACGCAGCAAGCCACCAGCCACAUGGUGCAGACGAACAUCAUUUCGGGCGGUGGAGGCGUCACCAGCAAUACGGGCAACGGUGGUGGCAAUGGUGCGGGCAGCAACGGUAACGGCCUAACGCCACAGAUCCCGACACACAUUUCCAACGGGUUGAUUGUGCCACGGUACGCGCAGACGGCCGGCACGAACAACCAUGCUGAUGCGUACGGGCUUACCAGCAGCCAGAGUGAACCGCGCAGCCUCAGCGAUUCGUCCCAGGCCGAGUCGCCGGUGCAGGAUGAUUUGCUGUCCUCGAACACGCCCAACCUUGGUAGCAGUGGCCCGAGCUCAACCACCGGCGGUGGAAGUGGUGGCGUAGGUGGUGGAGGUGGAGGUGGAGGUGGUGGAGGCGGAGGAGGCGGCAGUGGUGGUAGUGGACAUCAUCAGAACUUCACCAGCAUAGUGAUGAAUCAGAGCAAUGGCGGCUCGAACGCGUCCACCACGUCCAACUACGUCGGUUCGAACGGCACGGGCAGCUGCAACGGCUCGCCGCUCUACCCCGUCCUACCCGCCAGCCUACUUUACUCGCAGCUCUACACAGCCGCCAACCAGUCCGUGGGAGGUUUCGGGCAUUCGGUCAACCAUCACCACCAUCACAUCCAGUCGCCGCACGGUGCGGCAGCGGCGGCUGCUGCGGUCGCCGUCGCAACCGGUGGCAGCCCGGUGCAGAACAGUGCAUCGGCGGCGGCUGCGACUGCUGCUGCAGCAGCGAUGCACGCCGGCGAGCUGCAGAGCGUGAUGGACCACCUGACGGCCGGUACGAAUCAAGCAGCAGCGGUGGCGGCGGCGGCUGUCUCCCACCGGCAUCACCACCACCACCAUCACCACCAUCAGGCGGGAGCGAACUUAAUCGGUGGUCACGGUCAUGGUAGUCAGGGUGGUGGAGUCGGAGGGGGCGGAAACGCUCACCCAGAUCUGUCGCUGAUCGGUAAUUGUGGGGCGAUGGCUCGUGGAGCGCUGGACGAGACGGGCCACCGAGUGCUGGGUGGUGGAGGUGUUGGUGGUGGACGCCUCGGCGGUCCUCCGGGUGGUUCCGGUCAGGUGGGACAAGCGGCAGGCGAUAACGGCAACUCCGUUUGGAGGCCAUACUGAAACCGAACCAUCGCAGCGGUGUCCUCGCCCGGUACCUCCACCUU